AUGCUCCAUUGUAUGACACAAACAGUUUAUUUCUUCGCAGCCGUCGGAGUAGCUUUUAUAAUUUUCAUAUUUGUCUACUCGUUCCACGUCUUGGUGCUUGGUGCGAAGCUCUUCGUCUUCUCCAAAUUCCUGUCGAUUGAUAUCAAGAAGUACGGAAAUUGGGCAGUCGUCAUCGGUUCCACCGACGGAAUAGGAAAGUUUUACGCUAAAGAAUUGGCCAGAAGAGGCUUAAAUAUUAUUCUGGUCAGUAGAAAUGCGGAAAAACUACAAAAGACCGCCGAAGAUCUGCAAAGAUUUUGGAUUACAGCAACGAAAUGUGAAAUCGACUGUCGUUUAAAACAAUGA